CUGCCCGCACGACUCAUCAAAACCAGUACAAGUCCACCGAGGCACAGGACGGGGAGGCACAUAACGCGCGCUGCGGAAGGGACUUUUGGGCAGACCCGCAGCACCAGCAAGACAGAGUCAGAGCUCAUCAGGCCGCACCGCGGCACAACGAGGAAGAGGAAGAGGAGGGUCGUGAGCUGUCCGCGCGCGCGCCUUUCGCCUUUCCUAUGAGGAAGCUCUGCCCGAACCUGGAGCGCGAUGACGCGCUGGACACGGUGCUGGAAGUGCCCAUCCCCGAGGAGAUGUUCUCCGGCGGCGGCGGCGGCGGCUCCCGCGGCUCCAAGUUCGGCUGCACCAACGUCAAGGCGUGGAUGCGGUCACACGCCGCCGACCGCUCCGGAGCGGGCGAUCCCUGCUCCAUGAGCCGAGGGGAGCUCCAGCUCAUGCUCGGCGUCAUAGGCGCGCCGCUCAUUCCGCUGCCCGUCCACCACGCCAAGCAGUCGCCCUCUUCUGUGCUCUGCGAGCAGCUCAAGGCCGAUCCUAUUGAGUCGUCGACGGCGAAGUACAUCGUGCAACAGUACAUAGCGGCGUCGGGCGGGGAGUGGGCGCUGAACAAGGUGACGAGCAUGUACGCGAUAGGGAAGGUGAGGAUGACGGCGGCAGAGCUCAACAGCAGCGACGCGGACGGCCACGGCGGCACUGGCAACGCGCACCGAAGCGGGAAGAAGGCCGGCAAGGGCUGCGGCGGAGAGAUAGGUGGGUUCGUGCUGUGGCAGAAGAAGCCUGAGCUGUGGUGCCUGGAGCUCGUCGUGUCCGGCUGCAAGAUCAGCGCCGGCAGCGACGGCAAGGUCGCGUGGCGCCAGACGCCGUGGCACCAGUCCCACGCCUCCCGCGGCCCCCCGCGGCCGCUCCGCCGGUCGCUUCAGGGCCUUGCCCCGCAGUUGACGGCGAGCCUGUUCGCGGACUCGGUGUGCAUCGGCGAGCGGAGCAUCGACGGCGAGGAUUGCUUUGUGCUCAAGGUGGAGUCGGAGGCGUCGAGCCUGCGCGCGCGCAACAGCAGCAGCGUCGAGAUCAUCCGGCACACGGUGUGGGGCUACUUCAGCCAGCGCACCGGCCUGCUGGUGCAGCUCGAGGACUCGCACCUGCUCCAGAUCAAGUCCAGCGGCGGGAGCGGGGGCAGCGGCAGCGGAGGCAGCGUCUUCUGGGAGACCACCAUGGAGUCGCGCCUUGACGACUACCGCGCCGUCGACGGCGUCAACAUCGCCCACGCCGGCCACACUGCCGUCUCGCUCGUCAGGUUCGGGGACUGCCACGACGGCAACACCAGGACGCGCAUGGAGGAGGCGUGGAGCAUCGAGGAGGUGGACUUCAACAUCUGGGGGCUAUCCAUGGACUGCUUCCUGCCGCCCAGCGACCUCAGGGAGGGCAAGGAGAGCCAGGACGUCGCCAUAGUCAAGGCUGACGUGCGGCCGCCGCCGAUAAGGAUACCGGCGGUGACCGUGCGCGUCGGGCCCUCGCAGGUGGCCGCCGUCAACAUGGACGACUCGGACUCGCUCAUUGCGAGGUCAUGACUACUCAUGGCAUACGUACUUGCAGUGCCAAGGGACGAGCGUGUAUAUGUACGUGACACUUGUUACUGUAAGAUUACUUGUCGUAAGAUCUGUAAAUAUAUUGCAGGUUGAGAUAUUUUUUUUCCUUUUUUCAAGAUGUGGAUUUAUUUCAGCUAGAAUUGAGGCCAGGAGUGAGUAGUGGGUAAUCCGAACUAGAAAUUCUGAUUAGCUGUAUUGUAAUGAGCUUGUCAUGCUCGAUCACUGUAAAUCUGAAAGGACAUCCCGAUUCUGUCCGGUCACAAUACUUAAUUGUCUCGCUUCAA